AUGAGCGUUGAAGCAGAAGAGGUUAAAGUGAAAGUGAGACGACCCGACCGGAGUUGCGAUCUAUGUAGGAGGAGAAAGAUUCGGUGUGAUGGGUCGAAGAAGCCAAACAACACAUGUUCUAAUUGUAGCUUCUUCGGGGUGGAUUGCACCUAUCUUGAGCCCGCCAAGAAACGAGGUCCCAAGAGUAGAGUGGUGGAAGACCUCAAAAGGGAGAAUUUGUUACUGCAAGCUAAGCUACGCGCCUUGUCGGUUUGCUCCCUAUGCGCACAGCCACUUCAGAAAGAUCCAAAUGGCCUAUUGGAAUCCUCCUCAGCAUCUAUGUUCCAGCAGUCAAAUUCCGACUCUCCUCCCUCAGAUGAAUACGAAGACGAACAAAACGCAGAGGACUCGACUGGCCACGAGUUAUCCACUCAAUUCGACAAGAUUACAAUCGGCUCUAAAUACUUCGGGGCCGUCAGUAACUUUGCGCUCGCCAGUUCUGCUAUCGUCGUGAGCACGAAUCCCAAGUCAAAAACACCAAUAACGCGCGUUCAGGCAAAAGAGAGGUUUACUGGCCAACUAUCGGUGACUCGACGGCGUACUGAGAUAUGGGACGUGCUUCCGUGGGAACGGGAUGCAUAUGAACAGCAAACUAACUACGUCUAUCCCGAUUCCGACUUGAUAUCAUCCCUUUUAUUUCUCUACUUCGAAAAUGUUCACCCAACCAUCCCUGUCCUUCACCAGCCUUCGUUCGAGCGUUCCGUUAAGGAGAACUUAUAUCUUCGAGACCCGCAGUUCGGAGGAACGCUCCUGGUCGUUCUCGCUAUUGGAUCCCGUUAUUCAGAUGACCCUCGUGUAUUCGUCGACGGCAAAUCGACGUUGUCGUCCGGUUGGCGCUUUAUCAAGCAGCUACCAGUUGUCCGGAAGUGGUUUGAACCUACAGUGGACGAGAUACAAUUCUACUUCCUUAUGACUUUCUAUUACAUUGGGACUUCGAGACCCCAAGGAUGUUGGACGUAUCUUGGCCUUGGCACACGGUUCCUCCAACAGCGCGGGGAGCACCGUUAUCGAAGAGGGCAUCCUCCGACAUAUGAAUCCGAGCUCUGGAAUCGAGUAUUUUGGAACUUCUUUUGCUUGGAUAAGUCCGUAUGCGCAUUUAUAGGCCGUCCGACGGGACUGCAUCCUGAAGAUGUCGAAGCCGAUCCCCCCCUCGAAGUAGACGACAAGUAUUGGGAUGCAAACUUUGUUCAACCAUCUGGUCAACCUGCUUAUAAUGCAUAUAUGACAUACUAUGUGCAACUUAGUGAUAUUCUGGGAAACGCAACGCGCCGUCUGUAUAGCUCCAAGAAAUCGAAGGCAAUGCAAGGGUCAGACGGCCGAGACUGGGAGCAAAAAGUUGUUGCGGACUUGGACUCAACAAUGAAUCGAUGCUUCGACUCGUUUCCUGAUCAUCUUCGCUGGAACCCAGAUAGCAUCGACUGCGUCGCAUUUUAUGACCAGGCGUUUGUUUUGUAUGCCAAUUAUCAUUAUAACCGCAUAGUGAUUCAUAGGCCCUAUAUUCACGGAUCAAAUGCUCUGGCUGCUCCUUCUUUGCUGAUAUGUGCCAGCGCAGCUCGCGCAAUCAUUCACGCUUCAGAAUCAUGGAUUAAGGCUCGCCGAUGUCUCCUGCCGCAGAUGACCAUUUCACCUAUUUUCGUUGCAAUCGUCUUGAUUAUAAUGUCGACUUUCUCAAGUCGGGCAAUUAGCGCUGUGGUGGAGAAGGACAAGGCACUCGUGAGGUCGGGCUUGGAUCUUUUCAAAACAUGCGCAACGCGUCGACGUUCCGAGGGCCGAUUAUGGGAAAUGCUACACCAGCUUCAAUCUGACGAGAGUCCUUUCUCACGCAAGGAUGAUGUUCGAGACGGACAAACCCACGAUCCCUUAAACGACGGUUGUUUUGGUCCGAUUACAGCACUCCAGUCCAGUAUGGUCAAUGAUGCUCUGAGACUCUCAUCCGGCUCGUCGCUGCCAAAUCCCAACACUCCUUGGACCAGCGUCAGCGCUAGCAGUCAUAUCCCUAGUUCAUCGGCCUCCGUUUCCAAGCCAGGCCUUUCCAUAGAACAGCUUCUCGCGGAAACCGCAGAUCUCAACGCGCUACCGCCUCUUGACCCCGACCCAUCCAUUACUAAUGACGAUAUGAUGGUUGAUCUUUCGCUGUGGAAUGAUGUUCCCCUUGACCUGUCUGAUAUCAGCCAAUGGGGUGCAAUUUUUCACAAGAAUAGCAACUGGAAUCUAAACUUUUAA